UCUUCCUUUUACUCUUUCUUCCUCCUUUUUUCUCUUCCUUCUUCUCCUUCACUUGUCAUCUUCUACUCAAAUCAUCGGCUCGUCCGACAGCAGCUCUCGACAAGACCUCGUACACUAGUUCUCUUCUCUCCACGAUCGUCAAAUCACACCCAAUACCGCAAUCAUGUCCGCGACAAAGGAAUUCACCAUGCAGGAUGUUGCUGAGCACAACACCUCCAAGGACAUCUACAUGGUUGUCCACGAUAAGGUCUACGACUGCUCCAAGUUCCUCGACGAGCACCCCGGUGGUGAGGAGGUUAUGCUUGAUGUUGCCGGCCAGGACGCCACCGAGGCUUUCGAGGAUGUUGGCCACAGUGACGAGGCCCGAGAGGUUCUCGAGGGUCUCCUCGUUGGUGAGCUCAAGCGUCUGCCUGGUGAUGAGGGCCCCAAGCGCAGGAUCGCCAACUCGAACCAGGGCAGCGGCCAGGAUCCUACCGGCUCCAGCUUGAUCUCUUACGCUCUUGUUGUCGCUGUUGGCUUCGCCGCCUACAUGGGCUACAACUACCUCCAGAAGCAGAACGAGGCUCAGGGCUCCGCAUAAGCGUCUAACCUCAAUCGCACUACAUGAGGAAGGAGAGUUAUAAAAAGGGAGCCUUUGUGAUUUCUUUAUGGCAUCAAUGCAGGUCUAUGGAUGAUUGACCGACAAUUGCAUUGGGGAGUUUUCUUUUGGCCUAGAGAGAAGAGGCCAGUCGGCGAUAGACGGUUGGCGCGCAACUAUUACAUCGACAAAAAGGGCAGUUUAGCUUACCCCGGCUUGGACAUUAGGGUGGAUGGAUGAGAACAGUGGGUGGGCUAUUGUCCUGGACCGAACCCAUGCCUCGGUUUUCAGUUUCUCACUUUUUUGUUGGGGAGACCAGGAAGUGCGACCGAAAGAGAUAAGGAUCGCAUAUCGAGAAGGGGAUAGAGAGACCCAUUUGUUGAAGCGCGACUCGUGCGCAGAUAUCAUCCUAUGGAAAAUGGUGUUGCACGGGACUGGAACAUGCUUUCAACAAAGGGAACGACAUCUAAAGUAAACAUCUAUCACUGUUUUAAUCGACGACACGGUCAUG